UUUUUUUUUUUUUUUUUCUUUCUGUUAAUUUUUCUCGUCCAGUGAUAAUUCAGUGGUGGUGCUGGGCUGCUUCACCCUCUCCCCUUUCAGCCCAGUGCCAGUGUCGGGGGAAUCCACUUCUGCGGUAGCCUCAACAAAGCAAACGAGACCGGCAGCAGAUGGGCCAGGCGAUAGUCAGGAGACGGUGUGUGUGUGUGUCUAGAUCGGGGGUCAGCGACGAAGAGUGGAUUCCUGGUGAAAAUAGUCGUCGUCCACAGUCUGCAUAGGCUCCAUCGAAGAAUAAUGAAAAACAAAAAAAGAACAAUUAAAAGAGAAGGCGUCGGUUAUGGUUGGUUUGGCGCGUGGAGGGUCAGCGGUGGAAACGAGACGGUAUCUACUAGUAGUAGUAGUCGGGCGGAAAGAGUGGACGGCGAGAGAGGAAGUUGUAGGCGUGGGUCAAGCAAAUCAACCAACGGAGGAGCGAAGCAGAAGAAAAGGAAAACGAGACAGAAGGAGGAGCGCGCGCGCCUGCAGUUGUAGUCUGGCAGACGGUGAGUGGAGGAUGACCGGCAGAAAAUGUCCACGGGCUGCAAGUCUCAAUGCAGUCGGGCAGCGUGUAACCGAAUGACGGUUGGCGGGAAAUUUUAUUCGGUUUUUCUGGGUUGAUUAUAUUUAUCUGGAUUGUGUGUCGUAGAAAUGUAGUAUUUGGUUGUGGCGGUGGUAAUAUGAUAAGGUUGGUUGUCUGGUUUCAAAAGUAGAGUUUCUGUUCCCCGUCGAGGCCUGACGAAGAGGGGGAGGGGAAAAGGCAAAAAACAGUGGAAGUAAAUGGGAAAGAGAAUAAGAGUGGAUAACCGAAUGGAUGGAGAGAGGCAGAUGGAAUCCAAGAUGUGGAUGGAGGGGAAAGAAAGAGACCAGACAAAGUGGGGUUCGAGGAUGAACGGACUGCUUUUUGACUUGUGCUAUGGAGUAGAUACUUUCUAGUCCGUAACACUAAUGGUGGGGAUGGUUCUGGGAGGAAUGCCCGAGAGGAUGGAAAGAAUACACAGAGUAGAUUGGAUGGAGGGCCUUUUAAUGAGCAGAUCCGUCAGUCAGUCAGUCAGUCAGUCAGCGUCUUCGGUCAGCUUUCAUUCCAUCAUCCCUGGAC